CCUCCUCGACAGACUUUUCGAUUCAUGAGUGUAAAGGCACUUCAACCGGAAACCAAACUUUUUUCUUCGAAUUUUUUUCUCUGCGCUAAAAGAGGAAAACAGGACGGAACUUGGUGUUAUAAACGCCACAGUUCCUGAUUUUCUUCAUUUACGCGUGCUGUUGGAAAUGUGUCAGCUGCCGACCAUCGGGGGAGAAGUGAACAGUUUCUGGCGAGGAUAAGGGCGACGUCGGGUGAUUUUCGGCUAGUCAACGCUCACAUAACGGAUUUGGGUCCUCUUACCAUGGAAGAUGAUGUGAAAGAGGAGCCAGCCCAGUGUAAAGAGCCAAAGUUCCUGGGUAAGGCUGGCUGGGUGAAGAAGGCUCCCGGCAGGCUGUUGGCAAGCUACAAGGACCGCUACAUCCAUGUGGAAAAGACAGAGAUUGUGGUGUAUGAAAAUGAGGACCUGCAGAACUGCGUAGAGAGGCUUGACCUGGAAAACUAUGACAAAUGUCAUGAAUUAAAGAGCCCCUUCAAAAAGAAGCACAGACUGAUACUGAUUCGAUCAACCAAGUGUGGAAAUAAGGAUGUGAAAGAGGAGCCAGCCACACAAAUAAACUGUAUAUUUAGCGAACAUGUAAAGGAGGAUUAAAUGGGUGACUGUCAACAUUAAUCAUGGAACUCCAACCCCUGAAGUGAACAGACAUUAAAAAUGCAAAUGCACUGUUAAUUUUCAUUACAUAAACUUCAAAAGUAGAGAAAAAUUUAACAGUAAUUGUAGCAUGUGCAAAAAUUUGGGAACCUAUGAAGUUGGUACUUAAUAAGCCUCCCUUUUGGCAGAUAUCACAGCUUGCAAACACUUUUUGUAGCAGCUAAGAGUCUUUCUGUUCCUAAUUGAUGAAUUUUCAGCCUCUUCCUGCAGAUCACUUCAAGUUCCAAAUUAUUUCAGUCUGUACUGUACACCCAGCACGUUUAAGAUCUACCCACAGAUUUUAAGUGAUUUUCAGGUCAGGGGUGGUAUGAGGGCCAUUCCAAAAGCGUGUGUUUCUUAAAGUAGGCCAUGGUGGAUAUAUAUCCACCAAGUAUCCACAUGCACCACAUCUCUACACAAAUGUUGGAAGUAGGUGCACAUUGAUGCCCUUCCCUGUCUGUCUGAUUUUGUUUUAAGUUGUUUUUGUAUAUUGUAUCAUGUCAUGUCUAUCGCUGUUAAAUCCAAAGGUUUUUUUGCUUCACAAAGUAAAAAAAACAAAGUAGUUAUGUGUCCAUGUUUCCAUCUGUAUAUUCAUUGUGACAAAAAGGACUUCGAACAAAUAUUUUUCAUCAGAGUUUUAAUUAAACACAUUAACACGGACAGAAGACUUUAAAUCAAGCAGGUGAUUGGUGAGUGCGAGAGGUGUGACUCGAAGUAUAUUUUAGAAUCUUUUGAUACUAAUACUACAGAUUAUUUAAUGUAGCAUGAAGCAUGUAGCUGAGAAAAUGUAAUCUAAACACAAAAUAAGUCCAAAGUCCAAAAAUAGAUUAGUGUCAAAUUGAUCAAUUCCUGGGGGAAACAAUGAAAAGAAAUUAAUCAUCUUUACUGAAAUAUCCAGAGAAUGAAUUACUUCUAAGACUAGCAAUGCCAUCAGCUGUUCUCAGCUGUAAUUCGCAAAGAGCUGAGGACCCCCAACAACCCAAAUUCUCAGCAUACUCAGAAAACAGACAUUUCAUUUGCAUUACAUCAUAUGACAAAAAAUAACUAAAAAGAGACAAAAA